GAACUUAUUUUUUUAUUUAAAUAUACCUACUUCUGUUGUUUUAUCCUAGAUUUCUACGCCAAACAACAUGUUGUGAUCAUUUCUCGUCGAUAGUUUAACACUAAAGCUACCACGAGGGGUCAAAUGACCCAUUUUAAACUUUUAGUCAAACUUUUCUUGCAAAUUGUCAUUGUCACAUCAUUUGCCUACACUACUUUUCCUAAAACAUACAUCGAAUGUAUUUUUCAGUGUUUACUCCUCUCUUGUUAUUUUUGUUUUUACUGAGAAAUAUAUGUAAUCUGCCCUAACUACCGCAACGGGUGAUUUGACCCUUGCUUGAGCUUGGGUAGACUGUACAAUUCGUAGUUGCUCUCUAUGAUUGACAUGAACCAACCAAUUUGCACAAAGAACACACAGAGUGACGCUUGGGACUAGCAAAUUAUUCUCGUGCAAUUUUCGGUGAUUCGAACUUUAAAUGGUCAAUAACGACGCCGGCCACGUCCCUACAGGCACCAGGGGAAGAGAAGGAAUGUUAGUAUGAUAUUCGCCGCCAGAUGUUUGAUGGUUCAGGUGCUUCGAUCGCGAGUGUUGACAAUAUUGGUCUGUGAUACGAAAAGUAUGCACAAUAUCGUAUGCAUUCCACGCUGAUGUAUUUAGCAAAGAUCAAAUCGAUGCAAGAACCACCUUGCGUUGUGGCCUCGUUUCGAUUAUUUGCUAACUUCAAAUUUAGAUAUUUCUCCAUAAAGUCGAGAAACUCUGUAUUUUCUGACUUGGAAACGUCAAUGUUGAAGUCACCAGUGACCACCAUUGGCAUAACCUGUUUAGAAUAACAAAACAGGUUAAGCGUCAUAAACCACUUUAUAUUAUUGGUGCUAGUACCUGGCGGAAUGUAUACUGACACUAGCAGUACUUCGGUGUUCAUUACUACCACUUUAGCAGCACAAAUGUCUCCAAAUCCGUCAGCUACACCAAGCAUCUCAUCACGUUCCUCAUUGAGCUGUUGGAUCGUGUGAGGUAUAGCCAAAGUGGAUGCCGAGUUUUUUGGUAGAUUGCUACACCACCAGCCGUCGUAUCGGUACGCUUGAACUGGAUGAUGCAGCUGUAACCUUCGAUCUCGACUGUGGAGCGGUUAUCUAGCCAAGUCUCGUUUAUUGCGAGUAAUGCUACGCUGGUCAGAAUUCUACCUGUGGAAAUGUCCAUUGCGUGAGCGUUUAAGCUCUGUACAUUGAUGCUCAUCAAUGUGUUUGAAAAGCCACUGCUAUUCACAACAUCCCAUAAUUCAUCGCCAAGUGUACGUAAUCGGUGGUUGUCUAAUCGCUGCAAUUCAUUCCUUAGGUCUACAAUCUUAGGCGAAUUACUUCCUUUAGCAUGAUAGAACUUGAAUUAAUUUUUGGAAUUUGUUAAAUAAAGUCCCUGGAACGACAAAACUCGUGACAGACCAACGUAAACCAACUGUUGAUCCUGGCUCUUGUCGUAGUCAUACACAAUCUCAGAGAAAGUACCACCUUGAGGUUUAUGUACAGUUAACGCACAGGCGCUAACCACUGGAAACUGAUUACGCUUGCAUUUAAUGAUGCCGCUCAGUUUGAUGUUUACAGAUCGUUUGGAUAUUGGAGUCCUGUUCGCGCCCGAUUCGACCGCUCCGGAAUGACGUCAUCGAUGCACACAUUGAGCGCAUGCGCGGGGCAGAUUUAUUCAUCGCCGACAGCACUGCGCACCGAAUUACAUCGCUAGCGCCACACGUUCACUUUCACAUAAAAUGAUGUGGCGGUCGAGGAAUUAAGGUAUUCAGUUUUUACACGUUAUAUUGUAACAUCGUUAAAUAAAACCUAGGAGAAAAUCCACUGCCUUGGCGCUGAGGAACGCGCCAACAUAUGGUCCUUCGAACCGGAUCUCGAAUCAACGUGCUAUGCGAAUUGGUUAUCCGGUGAGAGUGUUGCGAACGGAAGUCAGAUAGGGAAAAAGUAAACCGGAAAUCGCGUAAGAAAACGUUGAGAAUGCCGAGAGUACGACACACACCGAAAUCCGACCGAGAUUCGAAUAAAGAAGCCGCCACACCAUCGAAGAAGGAGGAAGAUUCCAGAGAAUCCUGAUGCUGUCAGCGACAGCAGGUGAAAGCUGCCACACCAACGAAGAAAGAAGCAGUGGAUUCCAGAGAAAAAUUAUGCUACCAGCGUCAGCAGAUCACCAGGAAAAUAAAAAUGAUUAGUCACCAUCUUGAGGAAGCCGAAAAUAAGCCACAACAAAUAAGCACAUCAUUGCUGAAGGUGUUCGCGAAGAAACUGGAGCUUCAUUACAAGGAGUUCACAGAAGUACAUCGUGAAAUACUUGCAGCCACCGUAUCAUCUGACAACGAGGCGGAAGGUGAAGUGUUGAAUGAAUUUGAUGCGCUUCAUACAAACACUCUCAUUUUGUUGGAGCAACUCACCGAGUCACUUUCGCCUGCCAGCAAUAACAAACAACCAGUUUCGAGUCCCAACAUUAUUGUCCAACAACCAAUCAGAGCUCCUGUACCAACCUUCGACGGCAAAGUGGAGAACUGGCCGAAGUUCCGCACGAUGUUUGAGGAUAUUUUCGCUCGCAGUGGAGAUUCCGAUGCAGUUAAACUGCACCAUCUCGACAAGGCUCUAAAAGACGAUGCAGCGGGUUGGAUCACAGCAAAGAUGGUUCUGGACAACAACUUCCAGCAAACAUGGCAGCAGCUCAUCGACCAGUACGAAAAUCCGAGAGUGAUCGUCGACACACAUAUCGACGGAUUGCUUGAUUUGAAGCCGAUGACCAAGCGAAACCAAAAGGAUUUACUCGAGCUGGUGAAAACGUUUAAUCGCCACGUUGGUGGACUUGAGUACCAGGGGCUAGAAGUGGAUGAACUUUCAGACCUCAUUCUAACGAAAAUCCUAACGUCACGAUUGGACGACCAAACACUGCAGCUUUGGGAGAGAAACCAGCAGCACGCCACAUUACCGAACCUGAAAGACACUGUAGCUUUUCUUCGAAGCGAAUGUCAGAUAUUGGAAAGAUUCCAAAACCGAUACCAGGCUACACCGAAACAGACACAAAUCAAGCCGUUCGUGAGUUCUAAGCAGUCGAAUCAGAAAUCAUAUACAACAGCUGAAUCCUGCCUUUUAUGCAAAGAAAAUCAUCGUCAUUUCGAGUGUCCAGAAUUACACAAGCUAUCUCCGGAUCAGCGUUAUGAGAAGGUAAAAAACUUGAAAAUCUGCUUCAACUGUCUCCGUCCAGGACAUCGCACACUUGACUGCUCAUCCAAGAAGACCUGCUCUCGUUGCCAGCGAAAGCACCACACUCUAUUGCACCAAGAGCCAUCGUAUACAGAGGAACAGCUUUUUGAUUACAAGUUACAAGAACAACACCAUUCCCGUUCGGUCACGACGGAUGAACCCCAUGAAUUCGAGCCAAUCACCAAUACCGUCGUUUCUUGCAGUUGUCACAGGGGUGCUAGAACAGUGAUGCUCAUGACGGCUAUAGUUCAACUCAAGGACAAUCGUGGACGCACAACACCUUGCCGAGUUUUACUGGAUAGUGGAUCGCAAGUGAACUUCAUUCACAAAGAUUUAGUUGGCCGUUUGUUUGUCACUCGACGACCAGCACGAGUACCCAUUGCAGGAAUCGGUGGAGCCGAAACCUUCGCCAAGGAAAAAGUGAUGGUGCAAAUAAAAUCGACACACUCCAAUUUCGGCACUGAUGUCGAAUGUUUAGUGGUUCCAACUAUAACGGAAGCAAUCCCAGCAACAAAAAUAAACGUUUCAUCAUGGCCGAUUGAUAGAAACCUACCCCUCGCAGAUCCAAACUUCAACCACCCAGGAGCCAUCGAUAUGCUGAUCGGCGUGUCACAGUUUUUUCGCUUGUUGAAGGCCGGGCGCCUCCAACUAGGCGACAACCUGCCGGAGUUACUUGAAACGCAUCUCGGAUGGGUAGUUGCCGGCGAUAUCGACCUUUCCAACAUUCAACAAUGUUUUGUUGAAACCGAAGUAAUUUCCGCAGUACCAACGGUUCCGAAGCGCGAGAAGUUGUUGCAGCCAAUGAUCAAUAUAGACGACACUAGGAGAUAUGUGGUAACCCAGCCAUCGCGAGUAUCGUUUCAAGAUAAUGAAAACAACCGGAAUCCGACAAUACGACGCUUCCUUCCACCGGAAAUAAAUCUGCAGAAGAAAACCGAUCAUUGCAAAUCAUCUUGUUAUGCCCAAGGUUACCUUAGUAUCAAAUACAUAUCAGAAACCACGAAUGACAUCCCCGAUGACGAGAAACCGCAGCAUAAGCUGACAACCGUUCAUAUCGUUCCAGCAAUCAAGAAGAGACAUACGCCGAUAUUUACAAAACCCCAAAAACCCAGCCAGUUAGUGAGAAAAUCGCUGUCCAGCCGAGGUCCCGAUAAAUUACUAGGAGCAACAAGUAUCAGGAUUCGAGACUCAGUAUGCAGACAAUUAAACUCGACCAAAUUCGUUCAUCCUAUUGACGGCAACACCAUCAAUUCUUCAGUUAAUUUCUUGCCAGCCCGGCGGGAGUAUGUUCGCGCCCGAUUCGACGAGGUCGAGGAAUUAAGGUAUUCAGUUUUUACACGUUAUAUUGUAACAUCGUUAAAUAAAACCUAGGAGAAAAGUACCAGUGUUUU